AAGUUAGCACUGUGAUCUUUAAAGAUAAAACCAACACCUGCAACAACAUCACAAUUAUUAAAUAGAUUUAUCAAUUCAACCUUAACCCAAAUUGAAAACGUAAAUACUUUAGAUUAACUUAUGCACUACUAUAUUCCAGAUUAGAUAUUCCAACCCGAGAAGAUUUGGUUGACCAGUACUAUAUUUGUUACCAUAUCAAAACAAACAACAAUAAAUAUCCAAUGUGGUUGAUUGGAUCAAAGAGCCGACACACUCUAAUCUUUCACCCUUUUUCAGAAAGAUCAUGCAUCAAUCGAAGAGGAGAUCGAACAGAAAUCAAGAACCAUCCGAAAAUGGCGAGCUGCUUAGUCCGACCCAUGGCUAAAAUGAUUGGGGAAGCGCAUGAGCAGCGACUAUGAUGGAAACCCAGGGAGGGUGGUGGAGGUAGGGAGCCAUGAAUGGAGAGGCGGGUGCUAGUGAGGUCGUAGAUUUGGGAUGGAGAGGUUGAAGAAGACGCAGAAGAGGGAAAGGAAAUUAAGUGGAAAAAUGUAUAUAGAUCAUUUUAGAAUUAGAGAAAAUAAGCUGGGAGUUAGAAAAACUAUAAAUUUUGGACGGGGUGUUAUAGUUUUGGUAAUCAGAGAUUAAAAAUCCAAGCUCGGUCCACGGAAGGAGACCUAGUGCCUUCCAUGAUUAUAAUAGUAGAGAUUAGAAUUUAUAGAUUAUUAAUUUUUAGAAAAAAUAAAAUUUUUAUUUAAGGUAAUCAAAGCAGAGCAAGAGAGUCUGAGACCGUGGGUGAGAGCAGAGAGGGAGGGAGAGGGAGAGAGAGAGAGAGAGAGAGAGAGAGAGAGAUGGGGAAGCGCGGGAAGAAGCUGACGGAGCGACAAAAGUCUCGAUGCCUCCCUCGCGCCGGCGACGACGACGUCUUGCCUUCUUCCGCCUACGACCUCCCGUCACCGCCAACAAGGGACCAGGAAGGAGGCGAAGAAGAAAAAACCGAGGAAGUUGAAGACGAAGAAGAGCAAAAUGGAGAUGGAGAAGGGCGAGCUGAGGAGUGGGCUUCUUCUGGUCCUCCAUCCAAAUUCCAUCUCUAUCAGAGAUCUGUCCAGUUCUGAGUGGCUCCAUAGUGACCCAAGACGGACGGCAGUGGGUCUAGAUUUAGACCUUGAGGCACUUAACUGGUGCCUUGAGAACAAUUUAAAUAAGGUUGGGGCUGAUGGAUAUUCUAGGAUCUCGCUUUUUCAUGGUAAUGUUCUGCAGCCUCAAAUGGCCCGCCUGGUCAAACACAGAGUAGAAGAUCUCAUGAAAGAUCUAGCUUUAAGUGAUGAAGAUUGUUCCAUUCAAAUGUUCUCUAGCAGUUCAACCAUGGAAGAAGCUGUUCUGCCUGGCAGAGACAUCAUCUGUGCAUUCAAUUACAGCUGCUGUUGCCUCCACAAACGCACAGAUUUGGUCUUGUACUUCAAGCAUGCUUUUCAUGCAUUGUCUAAAAAGGGUGGUAUCUUUGUAAUGGACCUGUAUGGUGGUAGAUCUUCAGAGUGCAAGCUACGGCUGCAGAGGAGAUUCCCUGACUUUACAUAUGUCUGGGAGCAAGCAGAGUUUGAUAUCAUAAACCGCAGGACAAGAAUCAGUCUUCACUUUCAUCUUGGAAAGAAGCGGAUGCUGCGGCAUGCAUUUGCAUACGACUGGCGCUUGUGGUCAUUGCCAGAAAUUAAGGACUGUUUGGAGGAGGCUGGAUUCCAAUCUGUACAUUUUUGGAUGCGACAGAUGCCAAACACCAAUGAUGAUGAAAAUCUGGAGGAAUUCACUGUUGGUCGUGAUGUCAAGUAUGAAGAAUUGUCAUCUUUUCAGCAGCAAGAUGCAUGGAAUGCAUAUAUUGUUGGUGUGAAAAACAAGUAGCAAACAUGUACAAUUUUACCCAUCUCAUUGUUGCAAAUAUUUGACCUUAGCUCGACAUAAAAUUUAGCACUCAUCCUAUCGCAUUUGACUUUA